AUGCCGAGGCUUGUCCCUGCCGAAGAGCUGAAAGCCAGAAAAAGUCCCCUCCGUCCUCUACAUAGCCUUCGCCUUUUACGCCCACGUGCCGUCAUACCACCAACAGACGAGCCGUCGACGUCGCCAUCUCCCCCAAGUCUUUCCUCGAGGAAAACUCACAAGUCGACCAGGGCAAGGGCAGCCGACAAGCAAGCUCCACCGACAGGUGAUCCAGUACGCGUCUACUUCAACCGUCUCAUCGACCUCGAACCAUCAUCUCACUCCGACAUUGUCGACCACGUCAAAACCUCCCUCGCCCAAGGUGACGCAACGGAUGAUAACGCGUUGGCCGUCACAGUUGCGAAACAAGGCGCAAAGAUUCAAGUCGCACACAAGAUUGUCGAAGGCGGGCUGACCAGCCCUCAGCGCCUCGACGUUCAUCGGCAUCGAAAAGCCUUGCAACACUCUAGACAAGCCGAGGAGCGCAAGAGGCAGCAGCUCACGUAUCUCGACACGCAAUGGAAGGAAAGGCGGCUCUGGCUGCCUGAAAAAUACCAUCCUAAACUCGAGCCCGGUCAAAGCGUUACGCUUAGCAUCCAUCAGGUAACCUCCACGGCAAUUCAACACAGCAUCCCCUUACAGUCUCUGUGGGCACCAGGCGGUGUCCUAUACGAAUCAACCCAGCCUGACGCCGGUGGGAAGCUCAUAUUGCGCUCGCGGGCUCUCUAUUCCAACGUCCGGGCUUUUCUUGCUCGAUACCAAUCCCCAGUCGAGCAUAACCAGCUUCGAGACGAGCAUCAAGCCCAAGACAUCCAGCCCAAAAACAUCCAGCCUCGGGAAACGCAACCCCAAAGUAUCCCAUCCCAAGUCAUCCCACCACACGACAUCCAGCCUCAACAAACCUCGUCUCAAGACGCUACUCCUCAAGAUAUUCAGCAGCCUCAAAAAUACGGCGAGGCCCCAGCCCAUGACGGGUCUCCAAGCCAAGGCAGCCCACCGACCGAUCACCAACCUUUGGCUGACCAAGUGCACGACUUCUUCGACGAGACGGUGUGCUCCCCCAUUACUUGCCAUCAAGCGACCCCCGAAACCUGCCGCAAACUCGAGGAACCUCUUUUCGAGGCCAGCCCUGACGGCUGGAUCUUGGGGAGCGCGGCCGACCAGGAACAAGACGAAACGCCCGGUUCAGUAGCCAACGACGACGUGACGACACCGAUCGACAACCGACUCCAGCCAUCUCAAGAGCCUCAAGACGUCGGUUCCGACGACGACCUAUCGGAAAACGAACUGCCCCCCUUUGAAACGAGUGCCCUCCCCAGCUCUGACCUAAAACACAUCAUACUCGCAUCAGGCGACGAAAUCAUGGACCGGGAUCCUCCUCGGAAAACGACAAACGCCGGUUGGUCCCCGCCAGAUAUGGCCAUGGCUCUUUCCACUGCUCACAGGGAGUUGGAAAGCUUCGAUGCCCGUCUGACGGGGGAUACACUGUGGGCCGUCUUCCACAUCCUCAAGAGCCAGUUUUGCCGCGAUGACGAGACAAUAGUCUUAGAUCCUUUGCAGAUCCACAUUGAAGAAGACGGGAACUGCCCGUCGAGACUCCCCACGCUCACGAUCGGACGGGUGAGCCACGUCUACGCCGCUGUCCACCACUCAUGUGCUGGUGGGCACUGGAGCUUGGUGCAUCUGGCUCUCUCCAAGAUGCACCCCACAAACGUUGAGGUUUUCCAUUACGAUCCGUUCCCAAGCCCCGCGCGCCAUAGCCGCGUCAAAAACGCCUUCAAAAACAUGCUCUGCACUGCGGUGCCUAGCUGCCAACCCGGUUUCAGAGCCAUGGAAUGCGCUACGCAACGCGACAGCAAGCGCCAAAGAAACGAUGAAGGAACCGAAAGACUGGAGCCUCCCUCGUUUGGCGACCUCAAGCGCCAGAUGCUCUGCAUUGUCGACCAGCACAAGGUCGACGGAGACAAGAUAGCUCAAGUUGGAAAAGCCCUUGCUGUACACAAGGACAAGCUCCUGGUCAUGCAAGCUGCCGAGGCAAGGGCAAAGGAUCUUGUUACCAAGCUACGGCUGGACCUCCAAGGGGCGAUGGAUCAGCAGGUUAUGUCAAACUACUACGACACCGUUCUGAAAGCCGCAGACCAAGGAGUCACAACGUGCAGCAAUGAGACGAUGAGGACGCUAGUCUACAGCUCCACCGGAGACACACGUCGGAGGCUUCUUGAAGGCGGAUGGUCUGGAUCCUCUGUUCAAGAAGCUGCCUCUGCGGUCAAUUCGGCUAGGGACGUGUUGCGACGCGCCGAGAUUUCCGCCCAGGAAGCCACAACUGCAGCCGAGAAGACGGCCCACGCCGUCAAGGCACUUACCGAGUGGCGAGACGACUUGUGCUAUUUGGACGGGGUCCGUCAAGCUUUGGCGCGUACGAACAAGAAUACGUUUGUCGCCUACGAGAGUGUGCAAGAUCUCUUGUUAACGAAUGAGGGGAAGUAG